ACAAGCCGCAGGAAAGCCCGCGACGAGAAUACCAAACCAAAUCCACCAAGUCCAAGGGGAUCUCUCUCUCGCCUCGCCUCGCCUCGCCUCGUCUAGUUGAGCAGCCGCGACGAGCACGGCGGCGACGACGACCUCCGCCGCGACGAUGGCCGCGCGCCUCCUCCUCCUCGUACUUUUCGCCGUCGUGGCAGCGCGCGUAGGCGCAGCGGCGGCCUAUCAGCCCGGAUCUGCUGAGGGGCACACGAUCGCGGGCCGCAUCAAGAUCGAUGCUGCAAGUGCAAUUGCAAAGGGCUUUGGUCUUCCAGCCAAGACAUCAAACACAAAAGUGAUACUUAACGGUGGUCAGAGGGUUACAUUUGCCAGGCCAGAUGGCUACUUUGCAUUCCACAAUGUGCCAGCUGGUACUCAUUUAAUUGAGGUCUCCUCAUUGGGCUACUUAUUUUCACCAGUUCGGGUAGACAUCAGUGCCAGGAAUCCUGGGCACAUUCAAGCAGCAUUGACUGAAAACAGAAGAGUUCUAAAUGAGCUUGUGUUGGAACCUCUCAGAGAAGAGCAAUACUACGAGAAAAGGGAGCCUUUCUCCAUUAUGUCACUUUUGAAGAGCCCUAUGGGUAUGAUGCUUGGUUUUAUGGUCAUAAUGGUCUUCGUUAUGCCCAAAAUGAUGGAGAACAUAGAUCCCGAGGAGAUAAAGCAAGCUCAAGAACAAAUGAGGAACUCCCCUGUUCCAUCCUUCUCUGGCCUAUUAGCAAGAGCAAACAGCUAGACAUACUACACGGGGAUACUGCAUGGUUUAAGUUAAGUUUAUGAUGGGAUGAAGAGCAGUACUGAACACCACACUUGAAUAGAAUCUUUCCCUAGCACAAGGUGGAAACUCUUUCUCCAUUUUUAUUGUACUUUAAGAUGUAAUAGGUUUGUGGGGGUAGAACCUUCUGAAUCUAACUGAAGUAGCGAUGCAUUAUUGAAUUAUUAUAGCCCAGACUGAGUUAAGUGUGUUGAAUUUUGGAUGUUCGUAUAUUUCACGCCUUGUUGAAUCAACUAUAGCUAUACUCAUACUUGAUGUUGACCUGCUAUUAGUCACAUGACGUUAUGAUGUA